UGGUUACCGUCGCCCAUGGACUUCAGCAAUACCAGGGGCAGAGCCAAGCCGCUGCAGGGUCCGAAAUCAGUAUACCAUGUACUAUUUAUUAUUUUAGGAAAAAAAUAAAAAAAUAGUUGUUUUAUUGCAGUAAAACGAACAACAACAAAACAAAAAAGAAAUUUUCUUAUAUAGAUCCAAAAACAGCAAACAAAACAUGAGGAAAUCGCCUGAAUUUCGCUCACAACUGUGGACGAGAGGCGGGGCCUAUGAGAAUAGAACCAACUAAAACCGCCCAUCGCUCAACAACGCGUGUCCGAGCCUCAGAUAAGAUAGGAUUCAAACGUGUUAUUCAGCGUCCCGACCACGACGUGUGGACAAUGGACACCACCAUUCAAGACAUUGGAGAUUGUCAGUUCAGUUAAAGACGAAAACUCUCCGAAAAUUCCAGAAAUAUACGAAACCGGAGUCAAUAGUCCUGAAAGAAGUAUAGCGGUUGACAUACCAACCCCACCUAAGAACGUAGACAUGGACAGCUCGAGUAAAAGGAGCCGUUUGGCUAUGUCUGAUGACCUUAAUGAUGUAGAUUUAAGAAUGAAUGCCUCAUUUGUACCCUUACUAGAUCGAAUAACAGCACAUGUUGCUGUAAAGGAAACGAAUCAGAAACAAAAUCAUCCCGAAUUUCUGGAUCGGCAAAGUGAGAGAAUGUACGUCGAAUUGUUAGAAACAAUAAGUGAUACGUUUGAUAGAAUUCCAAAGAAUUUGCUAGAAAUAAUUCCUGGUUAUGAUAGUAAAAUACACGACAAGAUGAAACGGAGCAGAAUAGAAAUUAAAAAAUAUUGUAAUAAUUUUGAGAAUAAAUCUAGUUGCUCCAUAGAUAAAUUACAUCCAACAGAGAGGGAUCAUAGUCAUAGUUUGAUACAGAAUUCAACCCCGCCUUUAGAACAAAACCCUGGGACCAGUAAUAUGAUACAUUCAGAUGUUAAAAAAGUCACCACUUCAAAUGAAUCACCGUCUAUUAUGUCUGUAACCAAUGAUUCGACGAUGGAUAAAAGCUUAGAUCAAUCAGACACGAAUGUCAAGAAGAAAGGCAAAUUUGUAUACAAAUCCCCAUUAAAUCAUAGUUCGCCGGAUUGUAAAGCUUCGUCGAGUACAGCGGAGAGACUUAAAAGCAUCAUGGAGACUCUGAAGCGCGUCCCACCUAAGGUCGCGUCCAAUCCAACGCCGCAAGCGAAUAAUAGUUCAGUAGAAUUCCAGCCACCUCCGCUUGACCGAAGCGCGUUCUUGAACACGGAACGUCCGUCAACAUCGGCGACACCCGCUUCUGUGACUGAUGUCGCCGAAAAUGAAUACGAACACUUGUUUGACGCCAAUGACGGCUUCGAAGAGAACAUUGACCUGAUUAGUGAAAAUGACGUGAGCGUCGAAGAGCUUCAGAACGGUAAGAACAUAAGCGUCGACGAUGACGGAUGGCCGGAGUACAGAAUGGAGGACUUCGCGGACGACGUGGAAGUCGUUAAUGCCGUCGAGAUGGUGGAAAUGAACUUGAACCAUACGAUGACGUCGAAUGUCGUCAAUACGAAGUACGAAGGGAUCGGGCAAUUCGAAGGUGAUAUCCAGAACGAUGGAACCACAGGUGAGUUCGACGGCCUGAACUACCCUCACUCGGCUCCGAUGCUGGAGAUAUUCCGCGAGACGUUCGGCCUGACGAAGUUCCGGCCCAACCAGCUGCAGGCCAUCAACGCGGCGCUGCUCGGCCACGACUGCUUCGUCCUCAUGCCGACCGGCGGCGGUAAGUCGUUGUGUUACCAGCUGCCCGCUGUACUGUCGCCCGGCGUCACCAUCGUCAUAUCGCCGUUGAAGUCCCUCAUCAUGGACCAGGUCCGGAAGCUGCAGACGCUCGGCGUCCCGGCCGCCGACUUGUCCGGCAACACGUCGCUCGCAGAGACUGACGAGAUCUACCACAAGCUGUCCAUGAAGGAGCCGCCCAUCAAGCUGCUGUACGUCACCCCCGAGAAGAUCGUCGGCAGCGACCGGUUCCAGUCCGUCCUCGACUCGCUCGACGCCAGAGGGAAGUUCGCGAGGUUCGUGAUAGACGAGGCGCACUGCGUGUCUCAGUGGGGGCACGAGUUCCGCCCCGACUACACGGCGCUGCGGCUGGUGCGCGCGCGCUGGCCCGCGCCCCGCGCCGUGCUGCUGACGGCCACGGCCACGCCGCGCGUGCGCCGCGACGUGCUGCUGCAGCUGCACGUGCAGCCCGCCGCCUGCCGCUGGUUCCUGUGCAGCUUCGACCGCCCCAACCUGCGCUACCGCUUCCACAAGAAACCGAAGAACAUUAACCAGGAGAUCGCCAAGCUCAUAAAGAACGAAUUUUUCGGGGAAUCUGGCAUAAUAUACUGCUUAUCGUGCAAAGACUGCGAAGUGUUGGCGGGCGACCUCCGCAAGACGGGGGUGCAGGCCGCCCCCUACCACGCCAGGCUCGCGGACUCCAAGCGGCAGAGCGUGCAGUCGGCCUGGAUCGCCGACAAGAUUAAAGUGAUCUGUGCGACCAUAGCGUUCGGAAUGGGCAUAGACAAGGCGGACGUCCGCUACGUCAUGCACCACAGCAUGCCCAAGUCCAUAGAAGGAUACUACCAAGAGUCAGGUCGCGCUGGGAGGGAUGGGCAACUGGCCACCUGCAUCCUCUACUACUCCUACCAGGACAUGAUCAGACAUCGAAAAUUAAACAUGAGGUCGGAAAUGAGGACAGAAGCGCGCAAUGUCCAAGAGGAGAACCUGCGACGUAUGGUGGAGCUCUGCGAGAGUGUCACUGAGUGUCGCCGCGCCUUCAUCCUGGCCUACCUCGGGGAGACCCUGCCGCGCUGCAACCCUGCCCACCCUGCCGCCUGCGACAACUGUCUGCGGACACAACGCACAGAGCCGGUGGACGUGACGGAGCACUGCAAGAAGAUCGUGCAGGCGGUGAGGGACGCCGGCACCCGGUCGCGGAACGGCUUCACGCUGCUGCACCUCGCGGCCGCCCUGCGCGGCUCCAAGCUGCAGCGCCUCGCCGCGCUGCACGACUCGCCCGUGCACGCACUUUGCAAGUCGUGGGACCGGAGCGACGCCCAGCGCCUGCUGCGGCUGCUGGUGGUCCGAGGGGUUCUGUACGAGAAGAUCGUCGUCAACAACGACUUCGCCAGCGGAUAUAUCGACCUGGGACCGAACGCGGACAAACUCAUGAAAAAUCGCAUCCGCAUAGUGUUCCCGAUGUCGAAGACAACCGACAAGAACAGCUUAACGAUAGCCCCCGCAGAGGUCCGGCCCACGCCCCCCGCCAGCGACCUGGACUCCACGCUGGCCAAGCUCGAGCUCAGGUGCUAUGCCGACCUGGUGGAAGUGUGUCGCGAGCGCGGCGCGACGCUGGCGGACGCGGCGCUGCGCAUGACGUCACGCGUGCUGCCGCGCACGCCGCAGGAGCUGCAGCGCGUGCCGCAGCUGCCGCUGGACGCGCGCCGCCGCCUCGGGGACGCGCUGCUGCGGGUCACGGCCGCCUACGCAGACGAGAAGACGGCAUUGCAAAAGCAGUAUGAAAAAGAAACAAUUGAGGAAAAAGAAAAUGACGAAAACACGUCUGGAUCUGAAUCGGAGUGGUCCCGGCCCGGACCUAGCCAGCCGACCAACACCUCCGCGCGGAGCGGCCGUGCGAGGUGGAACUAUAAGGCCGGUGUGAGGAAGAGGUACAAGAGGAAAGCGCCGUCGUCUGCGAAGAAGAAAGCGUUGAGUAGCGUGCUGCGGGGCGGGGGGCGGGGCGCGGCGCGGGGCAGGGGGCGGGGCGGCGGCGCGGCGGGCGGCGGGCUGGGCAGCAUGCCGGUGCCGCGCGCCGCCGCCCUGCACGCGCGCCCCGCCGUCCUCAAGCCCUCCAAGCUCUCCUCAUUCUGACCCCGCAGAGAAUCUUCAACUUUAUAUUUAUUAACAAUAAGACCUAUGACUGAUAUAAUAGUUUUCGUGAUCACUGACGAAUGGACUCCGGAUGUCGUAAUUAGCCACCGAAUGUCAAUUGGACAUUUGAUGUGUGGAGGGCUCGCCUGGUGAGAAGCAGUCGCCUGACAAGCAGCGAGGUCUCCGCCGCGUGGGGCGGGGAUCAACACCCCCGUGCUUGCGACACCCCCUGUUACCACUACAUAAAUCUAAUCUAGAUCAUAAAUAUGUUAAACUCAUCGUAAUAUCCUAAAAUAAAAUUUCACUUUUAAAAUUGUUUGUUAAAGUGCCCUAUAAACGAUCAAAUUGUUUGUCAAAUUUUACGUGUUCGUCAAAUUAUUUGACAGCAUGCAGCUUUGUUUGACGCGUUUGUCAAACAGUCUACGUGUUUGACGCGUUUGAUGGAAAUCUUGAUUGACGGCGUGUUUGUCAAACAAGAUCUCAGUCUACGGCAAGGAGAAAACCGAAUCUAUGGGCAAGUUAAAAUAAACUUGUUUGAUCUUUGGUUUGAUCUUUUAAUCUAUUGUUUGAUGAAAACGUAAAUUUUGACAAAUUUGUCAAACAAAUUUGAUUGUUUACAGGGCGUUUAACGAAAAUAUAACCCAGAAUGCGUACUCUCGUGCAUCUGCCAUUUUGAAUAACAAUAAUAAAUCUCUUUUGCAUUAUAUCGAUGUAUUUUUUUUUAAUGUAUAUUAGUUAAUGUUUUGAUGAAAUAAAACAAAGAUUUUGUU